ACUGCUAUGACUCGAUUCUCUGGCAAAGUUGCUCUUGUGACAGGCUCCUCAAACGGAAUAGGUAGAGCCACUGCUGUACUUCUGGCUCAGGAAGGAGCAAAAGUUACGAUUACUGGAAGAAAUGCUGAUAGGCUUGAAGAAACUAGACAGGAAAUUUUGAAGUCAGGAGUUCCGGAAGAUCAUGUUUUGUCGAUUGCAACUGAUUUGGCGACUGAAAAAGGUCAAGAUGAACUAGUUAACUCUACAAUUCAAAAAUUCGGGCGCCUUGAUAUUCUAGUCAACAAUGCCGGAGCGGCUUUUAAUGACGAUCAAGGACGUGUUGGAGUUGAUCAAGAUGUCUCAGUUUACGAUAGAAUUAUGCAAAUUAACAUGAGAAGUGUGGUUACUUUGACUCAAAAAGCCAAGGAGCAUUUGGUUAAGGCUAAGGGAGAAGUUGUAAAUGUUUCGAGCAUCGGAGCAGGACCACAGGCUCAACCAACUUUCAUGUAUUAUGCAAUGUCAAAAGCCGCAUUGGAUCAAUAUACCAGAAGUGCUGCCAUCGAUCUUAUUCAGUACGGGGUUAGAGUCAACUCGGUGAGCCCUGGAGCUGUAGUGACAGGUUUCGGAGAAGCAAUGGGAAUGCCUGCUGAUAUGCAUGAGAAGUAUGGACAUUUCAUGGAAUCUCGCAAAGAAUGUAUUCCUUGCGGAAAAAUGGGGCAACCCAUCGACAUUGCCAAUAUAAUUGCGUUCUUGGCUGAUCGAAAACUCUCUUCAUACAUUAUUGGACAGUCGAUUGUGGCAGAUGGAGGUUCGACUUUGGUAAUGGGAAUGCAGGCACACAAUUUUAUGGAUCUUUUGAAACAAUAAUUUUUGUAUACAUUUUUUUAAAAGUAAAUUGUUUUAUU